CGUUUCCUUGUGUGCCUCGGACGGACGUAAGGUGCCAUGACAUAGGAGCGGGCGUCUGAAAAUUUCCUGUAAUUUGUAACAGUUUUGCUGACAAUCAGAGUUAAAAGUCAGGCGAAGAAUUCGACUUUCAGACAAGCUGCUCGACUAUCGAUAUGGCCGCGCUACAACUCCUGGCCUUCUUGACGUUUUACCUUUUGUCGCCAUUUUGCAUCGAGGCGAAAGUCCUGGUGAAGCGGCAGGCGGGGAACAACAUCGACAUCAUGUCUCCGGCGACUCCCCGGUUCGGCGUGUCGGAGGCCCCCAUCCCGCCCAUAGACCGGUCCGCCGGCUCGGCAGACUGUGCCGGGAUCAGGACGGUGUUCCUGACGGACCCGCACCACUCCUGGGGAGGGACACGCCACGUCCUGCACGUCAACUUCACCGGAGAGACGUUCAACUACCACACCAUUGUCUACGACAGGACCCAUAAGCCCUGGGCAAACGACUUCGACCCGGACGAGAAUGAAGUCUACUGGACCAACAUCUUCGACAACCCGGCAUCCGGCAGCGUGGAGAGGGAACACAGGAACGGGUCAGGAACCAUCGACCUCAUACACGACACGGGACUACAAGAGCCCUACGGCAUCGCCAUCGACCACGGCAGCAGUCAGCUCUUCGUGACCGACGCCAGCGGGAAUAAGAUCGAGUCGUCAGACCUGGACGGCGGGAGUCGGACCACGGUCGUGCCGGGGACCUUCCAGUCCCGCCCCUGCGCCAUCGCCACCGACUCACUACGCGGAUUCAUCUUCUGGACGGACUGCGGGUCCAGCCCGAGGGUCGUGCGUGCGAACCGUGACGGGAGCGGCCUGGCUGUCAUCGCGAGCACCAACCUCGUCAAGCCAUACGCCAUAGCUGUGGACUCCGCAGAGGGUAAAGUGUACUGGGGCGAUGGAUCGCGUGGUGUCAUUGAGAGGGCUGACAUGGACGGCAGCAACAGGGAGUCAUUCCUGACCAUCCAAGGCGGCAGCGCCAACAUGUACGGUCUAGACGUAGACGAAACGCACGUGUACUUCACUGACUGGGUCACGCCCAGCUGCCUGCACGUGGUGAGUAAAGCCUCCCCGGCCGCCGACUACACCGUGGUGGGAGGAGUGCCCCUGCUGCAGUACCUAACGGACGUCAGGGUGUACGGCCACUGUCCCACCGACUACUCCCGGUGCGCCGUCAACCCGUGCCUGAACGGCGGAGCCUGCCAGCCGUUGAUUAACAGCGGGUUCGCCUGUACCUGUGCCGCGGGAUUCACCGGACGGGUGUGCGAGUUACCGGACGUGCCCACCACUACCCCGGCGUACGGAAACUGUGAAGACGGCUGGCAUCAGCUCGGGUCCAGCUGCUUCAAGCUGUCGGAGUCGCCCGGGACCCGCGAGGCGGCUGAAGCCACGUGUGAGUCCGAGGGGAUGUACGGCCGACUCGCCAUAGACAAGAACCCGGCAACUCACGACUUCCUGUCCCGUCUGGUCCCGAUCGGGAGGUGCGACAUCAUAGGGCUGGACGACAUUCAGGAGGAGGGAGUGUGGAGGCAUGGCGAUGGCACCCGGGCCAGCCCCCCGUUCGAGCCGUGGAAGCCCGGCACGUGGAACACCGCCCUGAAGGACUGUGUGGGGAUCGACAGCGGCGGAUGGGUCCCCGUGGACUGUAACGAAGAAAACUACUUCAUCUGCGAACUGCCUCUGAUCGAGCCAACGACUCCAGCUCCCCCGGUCACCCCCUGCGACUCUGCGCCGUGUGAGAACGGCGGGACCUGUAGGGUGACGGGUGACGAUAGCUACAUCUGUGACUGUACACACAAUUUCUCUGGAUACACGGGAACAAACUGCGAACUCAGUUGCCCAAGUGGGUACCAAAUGUUUGCUGGCAACGGGAAGUGCUACCAUAUCUCGACGACCGCUGCGAAUGUUGACCAAGCUGCGACCAACUGCGACGGUAACCAUAACGGCAAACUGGCCUGUGUGAAGGACCUGGCCACCCAUAACUUCCUGAAGAGCAUCGUAAAGAAUACGAAUUACUGGAUUGGUCUUGAUGACCGCCAAACGGAGGGAAGCUUUGUCUGGAGCGACGGGGAAGCACUGGGAACUUACCAGGCGUUCUUCAAUGGGCAUGGCUAUAACAGGGCGCACAACGACUGUGUGUACUUGAACCGGGGAAAGUCUUUCCAGUGGGUGUGCUGGCAGUGCACCAGGCGUAUAAGAUACAUCUGUCAAACAAACCCUGUGUAAGACGAAAUGGAUGUGCUGUUUA